CCCCGAACCAUGGAUGCCGUGCAGGGCUAUGCAGGGCGGAAGCGGGGCCGGGCUGUGGGCGCAGGUUCCGGGGCGGGAGCCAUGUAUUGCUGCGGCGGCGUCUGAGGGGAAGGCGUCUGUGGCAGCGACUCUGAGGGCGGCUCUCUGCGGGAGGCUCACGAUGUCGGAGGCGGCGGUGGCGGACACGCGGCGCCUGAACUCGAAGCCCCAGGACCUGACGGACGCCUACGGCCCGCCCAGCAACUUCCUCGAGAUCGACAUCUUCAACCCGCAGACGGUGGGCGUCGGCAGGGCCAGAUACACCAGCUACGAGCUCCGGAUGCGGACAAACCUGCCUAUCUUCAAACUGAAAGAGUCCUGUGUGAGGCGACGAUACAGUGACUUUGAGUGGCUGAAAAAUGAGCUGGAACGUGACAGCAAGAUUGUAGUGCCUCCGCUGCCUGGCAAAGCCUUGAAACGCCAGCUCCCUUUCCGAGGAGAUGAGGGCAUCUUUGAGGAGUCCUUCAUAGAAGAAAGAAGACAGGGCCUAGAACAGUUCAUAAACAAAAUCGCUGGACACCCGCUGGCACAGAAUGAGCGCUGCUUACACAUGUUCUUGCAAGAGGAGAUCAUUGAUAGGAAUUACGUCCCAGGGAAGGUCCGCCAGUAGGGGAGCCUGGCAUCCUCCAUUUUCCUCUUCCCCACCCACUGCAAAAAUGACAUUUAUUUUUACACUCUCUCUUCCAAACAGCUUUUUUCUCUCCGACUUUCCCUCCCUCCCUUUCCCACGCCCACUUGUCCAGUGUUGCCUGCCACGCCACCUCAUCCCAAUCCUUUUGUCAGGCAGCAGAGUUGAGUUCUGUUGGUCUUCGGUGUUUGUAUAGAAGGUGAGAAGCUGUGAAGAGCUGCACCUGUUGAUGGAUGUGGAAAGGCUGCUGGGAAACAGGGUGAGGAUUACAGCAUGCGUGGAAAAGCUGUCUCUCUUGUUGGGUGAGAAUGUGGGGCGCUAUCAGGGCUCUGCAUGUCCGCCUAGGGAGAACUUGGUUCUUGAAAGUCCUUCCUCAGCUGUUGUGGAGGCUCCUUUAGCGUUUUGUGUCUGUUACCCCAAAAUGGGAGUGGAAAGCAGCAAACGUUUCCCCCGCUGGGAGGAGGGUAUGGGAGCAGACCAAAAAGAGCUUGGAAACUCCUUUUAGAGAGCAGCUAGAAAGAGUUCACAAGUGGCCAUCAUGCACAGAUCCAGACCUUCCUUCCACUCCCAAUCCCUUGGGAAUGUUUCAGGUUUUAGCUGCUAAUCCUAUCCCAAGAAUCCUUUCAGCCUCUGAUAAGUUGGAGACAUGCAAAAAACGGACUUCCUAUUCAGGGCCUGAGAUACCUUUGAUAACUGCAAAUGAGUUGUGGGUUCUCAAUGGAAGCUUGUUGAUGCCUGGGUGAAUGAGGCCUCUCCCCAAUUCCUCGGCUGGUUCUUGAUCUCUAAAGUGGAAGGGCAGUGUUUCUCCAGGCAGGAGCGGGGAUUUGAACCUUGCCAAGUCAGAGGUAUUAGCAGCUCGCUCUUAAGUUCCAGCCAACUUGGCAUGCUGCUGCUGCUGCUGCGAUUCACAGAUACCUUCCUCUAGGCUUGUGUCAGCACCCACUGAGGGUUAAGAGUGCAAAGUUCUCUGCUCUGUGUUCAAUAUUUAAUCUGCGGGGAGGUCCUCUGAAUGUCAUGAAAGACCCUGUGGCCAUGUUGGGGGUGUGUGGCAGUAGUGUCUUCAGUUGAUUCAGACUGCUGUUACUCUCAAAUAUGGGUCUUGCAGCAUGUAUGUGGGAACGGGGAGAACCAAGACAAGUAAUAAAGUGACUUUAACAUUGCCUUUUCUGCGCCGUCCGCUUUUCAACAACGGGGGUGAGAGUAUGGCGCCAGGGACGGGGGGCAAGAAGAAGAGCCUGUACAAAAAAAAAAACCUGAAUGUUUUGAGGUGGGGUGGAGGAGGCGAUGGAGAUGCCCUCCUCAUUGAUGGAGUAUCUGGAGAGCAGGAAAAGUUCUCCUGCCAAAGCAACUACAGUAACUCUGAAGAAGCUGCCUCUGGACAGGUUGCACCCAUCUGCUCUUCGAAGAGGCUCCAAUGGUCCUAUUUGGAGCAGCCUGCUGCUGUUGCCUGGCGAAUCCGCAUUCCCUGUGGGUUUUCAAAAAACCCUUCUUUCCUUUGGUGCACAAAGUUUGAAGAUCAAAGGCUCUUGCUGCUGUAUAUAUAAAUACUGAUAUAUAUAUACACAUACAUACUGAUGUGGGGCUUCUAGUUCAGCAAUCUUAUGUCCUGGGUUGACUGUCUGAUGUAAUGUCCAAGACUUGUUCGUAUUAAACCACUGUGAAGCCAA